AUGAUGGAUCCGCCAUACGCUGCCACGUGUACGAUCUACUCCGCGAAGCACGCCGCCACUGUCGGGCUGGCGGCGCCGAACGCGGCGAUAUCUGCGGCGUGGAAUAUGGCGGCGUCGGCUCUUUCACCGAAUGUGGCGGAGACGGCCAGUGCGCAGGAAGCUACAGCAGCGGAGGGAAGGGCGACAGUGACGGAAACGGCGGAGGUUGCGGAAGUCGGGUCUACUCCCGAGGCCAUGCGCGAGUUACGCGCGGAGGUGCUGAUUCCGCUGCUGUUGCAAGCAGCGCAGAGGAAAAAGCAGGCGCAAGAAACGCGCGGGGAAGGAGAUAAGACACAACAGGACGCGAGGCAAGAGGCGGAAGCAGGGCGCAACGAAGGCUGGGACGUUACUGCGCGCGGAGAAGGAGCGGGGGAAGCAAUCCGCGAGGUAGAGGGGGAGCGGCGGAAUGGAGUGAGAGAACACGGGGAGAAAGCGGAGAUUAAUGGGCGGGGUGUGUCAGCAGCUCGGUGUUUGAAGUUUGUGCGGAUAACGGACGUGACUGAAACGGAUCAGAGCACCGCCAACCGUCAUCACAACAGCGACGCGGAUGAUCGAGAGGCUGGGUCUCUCCAACACCCAGCAAUAUCUGUACGCCUCUUUCGCCCUCCCCACUCCCAAUUCCCUCCUCCCCUCUCUCCCCUUCCCCCUCCAUCACCGCUUUCCUUCUCCCCGUUCCUCUUCUCCCCCACUUUUUUCCCCUUUUCCCGCGUUCAUGCGUGCCCCGACUCCUAG